AUGAAGGCCUCCGGAUGGAGCGUCUGGUGCCUGUGGAGAGCAGCAGGCCAGGCCAGCAACGCUUUGACGGUGCCCGAAGCAGCAAGCAGCACACGAUGGCACACUGCUGGCGACGGCCUUGGGCGGCGGUCAAAUGUGGCCGAUCGGAGGCAGUGCGAUGGCCAGUCCAUGGGUGCUGGGGGGUCCCGGAAGCUUGGGGAGAUCAGUGGCACUGCGCUGCUGCGACUGCAGAUGCAGCUGCAGCUGCGCCGCCAUGCGCGCAUGAAGACGCGGCCGUGGGCCUGUCCCUCCUUGUCCUCUCCCCGUAGUAGCAUCCACGCAUCCUAUGGCAUCUCGCCAGCGCCAGGCCGGGCAGGGCGAGGCGGCGAUUGGGUACAAGGCCUGGCCGACGGCGUCUGUUCCUGGCAGUCCAAGCAUCCAAAGCAUCCCAGAAUCCCCAGUAGCGGUGGGGCGGCCGAGGGUCUGCGGUCUCCGCUUGGCCUCGCCGUUGAAGAUGAAAGGCUGCCGUGGUCCCUGGAGGCGCCAGGCGGCGAGGACUAGGCCGACGGGACACGGCGUGCGAGGGACUCAUUGGCUCCCAGGCUAACUGUCGCGCGCAAUUGGGCCUCGCGGGCUCUGCAGCUUGCAGCAAAGAAGAUGGACAGGUCGUUGGUGAGGCGGAGUAGAGAGAGA